ACCGAAGUGGACAUCAUUAUCGGGGAUUUCGCGGGACGUAAAUGAAGUGCCCUAUCAUAGAGUGGUUUUAGUAACUCACAUUUAGUUCAUUCUUUGCUGUUUAAGGUCCGCAAGUAGCUGGAAAAUGGGUUACGUAUUCAUUUUAGUUGGGGCCUACUGUAUUACCAUGGCUGUGGCAGCAGUCAUCUUACUUACCCGGCCCCGUUUAACGAAUCCCCAGUCUUUCCGCCAACCGGACAGGAUUUGCAGCGCUGAAGAGCCCGACAGCAAAUUGCGCAGAAAACUCAAUGAUCAACGCACACGAAAUAGCCGGCCGGGUGACAAGUGCCCCAUGUGUCUGGAGGAGAUGAGUCAAGACAAUAUGCACCCUCUGAAGUGCGGCCAUGCAAUGGAUAAAGAAUGCUUUGAGGACUUUCGCUACAUUCGCAGGGAUUGCCUUCUUUGUGGCCAGUGCGUAAAUCCCUCUUUGCCCGGUGAUGAAUGCUCUAUUUGCUGUGAGAAAUUGACGAAGAACAAUAUGGCAUUUAUGCCUUGCAUGCACGCUCUGCAUCGCCGGUGCCUAAGGGAGUUAAAGGCGGACGGAAGCCAAUCCUGUCCGGUUUGCAUUGAAAAAUUGUAGGAGUGCCACAUAUCUUGCAGAGAUCUUCAUCUACAAUCAAAGCAGAAAAUGAAUGCAACCACAAAUAUUAUCAGGUGGAAUGCACUUGGUGCACAAGAUAAUUAAAUAACCAACAAAGAAAAGCGAUAAGCAAUCUAAGAAAGUCUGUCUUAGCGUGUAAUUGUCAAACUUCUUUUUUUAAUAAACGACGUAAAAUGCCUUAAA